AUGGCAAUGCGUAAACCCAUCAUGAGGAUACCGUACACCGAUCUCCUCGUCCCUGGUCCCAUCGUCCCGGCCUCAGCGUCUACCCUACCCGGUGCCAUCAGUGCUCUCACAAGGUUCUUCACAACGCCACCGCCUGGAGAUCUGCCCAAUUCAACCGUGGUCUUGACUGGCGCCGGGCUCUCGGUGGCCUCUGGGCUAGCGGACUAUCGCGGUGUCAAAGGCACAUAUAGAGUCAACAAGACUUACCGGCCCAUCUAUCAUCACGAGUUUCUCAGCAAUCACGAAGCACGGAAACGGUACUGGGCGAGGAGCUUCCUUGGGUGGUCAAGUCUGCACAAAGCGAAACCGAACGGAGGUCACCACGCCAUCCGAGACCUGGGAGACUUGGGAUUCGUGAAAGAUGAUCAGCUGGCGAGGUUGAACCCACGAUGGGCCUUGCUGCUGGAGGAGGCCAUGGCCUCUGGAGCCCUCAAUACCGAGGAUCCGAUGGAGAAGAGAUUCAGAGGUCUCAAGACCAACCCAGACGGUGAUGUGGACCUGCCCGACGCGCCAUACACGACGUUUAGGUACCCGCCGUGUCCAAAGUGCUUGCACAGGCCGCCACUGAAGGAGGGAGGGGACAAACAUCUCGUCAAAGCCGACAGAGAAGGCGCCUGGGAGCUGCCGAGCACCGCAGGCAUCUUGAAGCCCGCCGUCGUCAUGUUCGGGGAGAGCAUAGCGACGCAGGUCAAGACGGCCGCCGAGGACGCCAUCGACUCAGCAGGCAAGCUGCUGGUCCUGGUGAACAUGGGCGGCGUGAGAGGAGAGGACCAGUUCUUCAAAACCCUGACGGAGGGGCAGCAGGGAGAGGAGGGCGUUCGCGUCGAGCAGGCCACGGAUGAAUUGCUGCCUGCGCUGGUGUCGAGACUGCGCCGGGAACAGCAUAUCCACAUGUCCGAAGCGGCUGGGGAGAACCUGACAACGUUUAAGGAUAUGCUUUCAUAG